AGCUCUUUUCUAUAAAAUAACAGAUCUUUUCUGCACGGAUUCAGUUAGACGGUUGACAGCGAUUUUGGCGGUUCAGUGUCUGAUUUUGCGGAAUUCGUGAGGUGCUUUGAUUUUUUUUUUUUUUGUGAUAUUCAUAUUGAAAGAACGAGAAAAACAGCAAAAUGGCAAAUCCAAAUCAAGAAAUUCAGUACACAAAGCUUUUUAUCAACAAUGAAUUUGUUGAUUCGGUCUCAGGCAAAAAAUUUGCAGCCAUCAAUCCAGCAACUGGCAAAGUAAUCGUUGAGGUUGCUGAAGGCGAUAAGGCCGAUGUUGACAUUGCUGUAAAGGCAGCCAAAAAAGCAUUCCACCGAGAUUCAGAAUGGCGCAAAAUGGGUCCAUUGCAACGUACCGAGUUGUUGAACAAACUCGCUGCUUUAAUGUCUCGUGACAAGCACAUUUUGGCCAGUAUUGAAACUAUGGAUAAUGGCAAACCUUAUGCCGAUGCAUUAUUCGAUGUAGAAAUUUCCAUUAUGUGUUUCAAAUAUCACGCCGGCUGGACUGAUAAGUUCUUUGGUGAAACAAUUCCAGUUAAUAGUUUUGUUUCAAUGACACGCAAGGAACCAAUUGGUGUGGUUGGCCAAAUUAUACCAUGGAAUUAUCCCAUUCUUAUGUUGUCAUGGAAAUGGGCACCCGCUCUAACUGUUGGCUGUACAGUUGUAAUGAAGCCAGCUGAACAAACUCCACUCUCAGCUUUGUACAUGGCUGCCUUAUCAAAGGAAGCUGGUUUCCCUGCUGGUGUCAUUAAUAUUAUUAAUGGUUUUGGCCCAACAGCUGGUGCAGCUAUUAGUGAACAUCCUGAUAUACAAAAGGUCGCUUUCACCGGAUCUGGUGAAAUUGGUCGCGUUAUCAUGCAAGCUGCUGCCAAAUCGAAUUUAAAACGUGUCUCAUUGGAAUUGGGUGGCAAGAGUCCUUUGGUUAUAUUUGAAGAUGCUGAUAUUGACUAUGCUGUUGAAACUGCUCAUGGCGCUAUAUUUGUUAAUCAUGGCCAGUGUUGCUGUGCCGGUAGCAGAACUUAUGUGCAUGAGAAGAUUUAUGAUAAAUUCGUUGCUAAAGCUAUUGAAGUAGCUAAAGCACGUAAAGUUGGUAAUCCCUUUGAAUCUGGUGUUAAACAGGGUCCACAAAUCGAUAACGAUAUGAUGACCAAGGUUUUGGGUUACAUUGAAAGUGGUAAGCAACAGGGUGCUACAUUACAGUGCGGUGGUAAACGCAUUGGUGAUGUUGGCUACUUUAUCGAACCAACUAUUUUCUCGGAUGUCAAGGAUGACAUGAAAAUUGCACGAGAAGAGAUAUUUGGACCAGUUCAAUCCAUUUUCAAAUUCAGUUCUAUGGAGGAAAUUAUCGAUCGUGCCAACAAUACUAAUUAUGGUUUGGCUGCUGGUGUUAUUACUAAUGACAUUAACAAGGCCAUGAAAUUCGCUAACAAUGUUGAAGCUGGUUCCGUUUGGAUUAAUUGCUACAACGCUGUCUUGCCACAAACACCAUUCGGUGGAUAUAAGGAAUCCGGAAUUGGUCGUGAAAUGGGCAAGGAUGGUUUGGAAAACUACUUGGAAACAAAAACCAUUACAAUGAAAUUACUUUAAAAAUAUUUUUGUAUUAUGAUUAUAAUUUUUCAUAAAUAAAAUA